AUGUGGACGGAAACCUUGCUCUUUAUUCUCUCUAUCUGUCUGUCUAUUAGUCUGUCCAUCUCUCUGUCUGUCUCUCGAGCUGUCUCUCUGUCUGCUUUUCUUUCAAGCAAUCAGCUGACUGAAGAGGACCAACAGAGCAACGAGCUGACUGAAGAGGACCAACAGAGCAAUCAGCUGACUGAAGAGGACCAACAGAGCAACCAGCAGACUGAAGAGGACCAACAGAGCAAUCAGCUGACUGAAGAGGACCAACAGAGCAACCAGCAGACUGAAGAGGACCAACAGAGCAACCAGCUGACUGAAGAGGACCAACAGAGCAAUCAGCUGACUGAAGAGGACCAACAGAGCAACCAGCUGACUGAAGAGGACCAACAGAGCAACCAGCUGACUGAAGAGGACCAACAGAGCAACCAGCAGACUGAAGAGGACCAACAGAGCAAUCAGCUGACUGAAGAGGACCAACAGAGCAACCAGCUGACUGAAGAGGACCAACGGAGCAAUCAGCAGACUGAAGAGGACCAACGGAGCAAUCAGCUGACUGAAGAGGACCAAUGGAGCAACCAGCUGACUGAAGAGGACCAAUGGAGCAACCAGCUGACUGAAGAGGACCAACAGAGCAAUCAGCUGACUGAAGAGGACCAACAGAGCAAUCAGCUGACUGAAGAGGACCAACAGAGCAACCAGCUGACUGAAGAGGACCAACAGAGCAACCAGCUGACUGAAGAGGACCAACAGAGCAACCAGCUGACUGAAGAGGACCAACAGAAGGACCAACAGAGCAACCAGCUGACUGAAGAGGACCAACAGAACAAUCAGCUGACUGAAGAGGACCAACAGAGCAACCAGCAGACUGAAGAGGACCAACAGAGCAACCAGCUGACUGAAGAGGACCAACAGAACAAUCAGCUGACUGAAGAGGACCAACAGAGCAACCAGCAGACUGAAGAGGACCAACAGAGCAAUCAGCUGACUGAAGAGGACCAACAGAGCAACCAGCUGACUGAAGAGGACCAACGGAGCAAUCAGCAGACUGAAGAGGACCAACGGAGCAAUCAGCUGACUGAAGAGGACCAAUGGAGCAACCAGCUGACUGAAGAGGACCAACGGAGCAACCAGCUGACUGAAGAGGACCAACAGAGCAAUCAGCUGACUGAAGAGGACCAACAGAGCAAUCAGCUGACUGAAGAGGACCAACAGAGCAACCAGCUGACUGAAGAGGACCAACAGAGCAACCAGCUGACUGAAGAGGACCAACAGAGCAACCAGCUGACUGAAGAGGACCAACAGAGCAAUUAG